UCUGAUGUCACUGCCGCACCUGCGCAGCCAUCUUGUACUUCGAGCGAGGGGCAGAUCGGAAGGAAGGAAGAAAAGCAGAACAAAAUAACAGUGUUUUGAGUUACAUGGUCAGUAAUGUCCGUCAAGUGACUGAAUCCCACGACAAGACAGUGUUGAGGUGUGAUCGGAGAACGCUGCCCCAGUGCCUCGUUAUUCCAGACCUAACGUUACAAGUCAUCCUCUUCAUCAUUAUCGAAACGAGAAACGAGUCCGAUCUUCUGCUGAGCCCGAAGACAACGACACAAACACGCCAUGAAUCCAGAAUAUGACUACCUGUUCAAACUGCUCCUCAUCGGUGACUCUGGAGUCGGGAAGUCGUGUCUGCUGUUGAGAUUUGCUGAUGACACAUACACUGAGAGCUACAUCAGCACCAUAGGAGUGGACUUCAAGAUCCGCACCAUUGAACUUGAUGGCAAAACCAUUAAGCUACAGAUUUGGGACACUGCAGGGCAAGAAAGAUUUCGAACCAUCACUUCCAGUUACUACCGAGGGGCUCACGGUAUCAUUGUGGUUUAUGAUGUCACGGAUCAGGAAUCAUAUAACAAUGUGAAACAGUGGCUACAGGAAAUAGACCGCUAUGCCAGCGAGAACGUUAAUAAGCUGCUGGUGGGGAACAAAUGUGACCUUACCACCAAGAAAGUAGUGGACUACACAACAGCCAAGGAAUUUGCUGAUUCUUUAGCAAUCCCCUUCCUUGAGACGAGCGCUAAGAAUGCCACGAAUGUGGAGCAGGCCUUCAUGACUAUGGCUGCUGAGAUCAAGAAGCGCAUGGGCCCUGGAGCCACAACCGGAGGAGACAAGCCCAACCUGAAGAUCGAGAGCACUCCUGUGCGGCAGUCUGGCGGCGGCUGCUGUUGAAGAGCCUUAGCGUGCACACACACACACACACACACACACACACACACACACACACACACACACACACAACCAUCCCUUUCCCUCUCAAAUGCAUUUCUCACACACACCAAAAAAAAAGCGUUCUCACGGGAGGAACCACUGCAUUAAGAGCCAACGUCUAAUAGCCUUAUGGCUUCAUUCAUGACACCAUAGUUUUUUUGUUUUUAUUCUCCUUAGCCUUUCCUUUUGUGUAAAACACCUCAGCUCUUUUUCCUCCCUGUGCACAUUAAUAACCCCACCCACAUCCAUAACCCCGCCCUCUGUACUUAAAGUCCAUGAUGGAGCUUUAGUACAGUCAUGUGUCCACGUAUAGAAACAAAUGAGAGCAGAUCUAGGGGCGAUUCUCAAAUCCUCCUUUUAAACAACUAGCGAGGUUGCGUUAAGAACGUAAAUCCGUCUCCCUAGUAUUUCUAAUUCUCUCACAUGUCGUCACUUGAAUGAGUUUUGUGGGCGAAAGCAUGGCUUCUGAAGCUGAAUCGACAGGAAGUCCACUGCAUACAAAGUCUGCAAUAUUCUUUACUUGUUCUCAUCCUACUAGUAUAUUACUGUUAUUAUGGUGAUUUUUAAGAUUGAUUUGUGUUUUUUUUUUUUUUUUUCUGUUGGUUUUUGUUUUUCUAAUGAAGGCUUGUACAAAGGCUUACUGCUGUCAUUGAUAUAGUCUGGUCAGGGAAUGGGGGAAGAUAGGGAUGUUUUGUGUUCAUAAUCUGGAUUUUGGGGGUCUAGGCUUUAGGCUGGUUGAUGAAAGUUACUGUUCCCUCUACUACUUCAAUGACUUCGGCUACUUUGAAUCGUGCAUUCAAAAUUAAUGCAUGAACACCAUCUUGACACAUCGAGGUUGUAUUUUCCUGCAGUCAGCAGUUUUGUGGCUUUGGUUUGAAUCCUCAGAUCUAUAAUUUGGUGUCGUUUUACCAUUUAAUUGAGCCAGACUUCCAAUCCAUAGUGGUCGCUGCUGCCAAAAACGGUCCAUCAUGCAUUAUGUGUGUGCUCUGUAUUUAUUUACAUAUGGUAAAUAUAUUUACAUAUUUGUGAAGGGCCUUAAUUUUGCCACAGAUGAAAGCAUGGUAGCUCCAUGGAUCUGGUUUAGUGUGCUGUGGGGUUUUUUUUGGGAAUAUUGUGUGUUACAUCUAGGACUAUUGGGAUUGACUGGUCCAGCGCAGGAGACCGGAUAUGACCUCCCAUGUUCUUUAAUGAGAAAUAUUCAAACACUUUCAAAUCCACCUACAGAUGGAUCUUUAAAGGUCUAGAAGCUCACUUAGAUGUUGCCUUCAGUGAUCAAAGAGGCUUUUAUGGAUCCUGCCCUCUUCUCCACAUGGUUGCAACUCAAGCUUAUCAGCAUUUUCAAACAAAAAACAAAACUGCAAAUGAUUGGUCUGAUGACAGUGUUUUUGACCUGGCUGUUUUAUUAUGUACAACGUGGAUUUAGAAAACGUAGAGUUUGUGAACUUCAUUAGUAUUAGUGCAUCACUUGAUCUUAACUAGUCUCACCAUCGUUAUAUUAGAUCACUUUCACUCACUGAGCCGGUGUAAUCUAGUUUUACAUCUGCUGACGUAACCGCACAUACUUGUCACUAAUAUUGUGUGCUGGAUUUGCUUGUACUAUUUUGUAAGUGAACUGGUAGCGUUGGGAUGGAGGGAGCAGUAGCUGGGAUAUGGGUGCGUGUGCAAUGGCUGGGAACGAGGGACGGGCAAGGGGCAAAUGCGUUUGGGAACAUUCCUUUGAUUUUAAAGCCGAUCCGUCGUGGAUCCCGUGUUAUGUCUGUGUGAAAAUCAAGUCUCAUUUAAACCUGCACUCAUUCACACACUAAACAAGUGCUUUUUUGGGAUGUGUUCGGAAGGGUCUCUGUUUUCUCAAACCGUCUGCUGUCUUUUGAUCUAUGAAUUUUGUGGUAAUGUGUGGGGUUAUCGGAAUGAUGAAGGGUAUGGGGUGGGGGGUGGUUACUUAGGAAUGUGAUGGAGCAUUUUCGUCUUUUUACUUUUUACCCAUGUCAUUUGCACAUCUAAUUUUUGGAAUUAAGACACGGCGAUGGUAAAAUGGCAAGCACCUCUUUAGUAGUUUCCCUGUCUAAUAUACACAGUCUUUCUCUAUCGCCCUUUGCUUGCUCACCCCGGCGCGGUUUCAUAGCUGGGUUUGAUCUCGUUUUCUCUUCUCUGUACAUAUUAUAAAUAUAUAUAAUAAAAUGAUCAACAUGAGACUUAAA